AUGAUUAUCACCACUUGGAAUAUAAGGGGCUUGCAGCAGCCCUCUAAACAAGCUGCAAUCGUCGACUUCGUUAAAGCAUAUGGAAUCGACAUUUUGGGGAUCCUUGAAACAAAGAUGGAUCCUGACAAUCUUAAAUAUUUCUUGCGGAAUUACUUCCCUGAUUGGAAAUCUGCGAACAACUUCCAAGUUAUUAGCAAUGGCCGAAUGUUGCUCAUGUGGAACCCGGCCAAGGCAGACGUGGAUCCCAUCAUGGUGGAAGCACAAACCAUCAACGUCAAAAUUAGGUGCAUGCUUUCCAAUAAUUAUUUCAUUUUUUCUCUUGUAUACGGGCUAUAUUCACCCACUGAUAGAUUGUCUAUGUGGGAUUCAUUGAUAGAGUUCAUUUCUGAGGACCAACCAGCUCUGGUUAGUGGGAAUCUCAACUGUGUAAUGUCACCAGAUGAAAGAAUGGGGGACAGAGUGGCUACAGAAUAUGAGAUGAAAGACUCAAUUGACACAUGCACUUUAUUAGGCCUUGACGACGUGCCUUAUUCGGGCUGCAAGUUCACUUGGACUAACGGAACAGGAUUCAGCAAGAUUGACCGUGUACUUGCAAACGAGGCAUGGCAUGACAACAGAUUCAUGGCUUCCACAAUAUUCAGACCCUCUGGUGCUCUCUCUGACCAUUCGUCUGCCAUCACAACACUCUUUGGAGACAUGUUAUCUUUUCCAAAAUCCUUCAAGUUCUUCAACUUUUGGACUAACCAUCCAGCGUAUGAUCCUUUGGUCAAGGAAAAGUGGCCUAUAAAUGUUAGCGGCACUGCUCAAUUUGUGUGUGCUGAGAGAGGAAAGGCACUCAAAUUCCACCUUAAGGAAUUCAACUUUAAGGAAGCAAGCCUAAUCUCCAAACGAGCAAAGGAAGCAGCUUUUGAGCUUGAGAAGAUGCAGCUCCAAUUAGAUCCAGACACAGCCAACCUGCGGCUCCGUGAGGAGAUCAAAAUUUUGAGACAAGAGGCAGAUGAUUAG